AACAAUCUCUAUGCACCAUACAAAUCCAAACUUGACUGGGAGUUUGCAAACUGGGCAAAGAGUCAGGGCUGUGGGUCCACAGCGGUCACCGAACUUCUUUCUAUGGAAGGGGUUCAUGAGAAACUCGGACUAUCAUACAAAUCUGCACGAGACUUGAACAACAUUAUCGACAAGCAGCUUCCACCAAGGCGCCCACGGUUCUUUCGGGAGGACGUUACUGUCGAUGGCCAGAGCUCCGAAUUCUAUCAUCGUUCGGCCAUGGAUGGCAUUCGCGCUCUUUAUGGCGACCCCGAGUACGCUUCAGAGCUACUCACAGAACCCGUGCGACUCUUCACCGACGAUACAAUGGAGACUCGCAUAUAUAACCAGAUGAAUACGGGUGACUGGUGGUGGAAGGCUCAAGUGAGUCUUAUGAUUCCAUCCCUUCCUCCGAGUGCCACUGUUGUGCCACUGAUCUUCUCUUCCGACACAACACAGCUCACGCUCUUCCGAAACAAAGCCGCGUACCCCAUCUAUCUAACUCUCGGCAAUAUCCCGAAAGAAAUUCGCCGCAAACCUUCCCGCCGUGCAUACAUUCUAGUCGGUUACCUCCCCGCUUCCAAACUCUCUCACAUCAAAAACAAGAAUGUUCGCCGCCAAGCACUCAACAAUCUUUUUCACGCCUGCGUCCGCAAAAUUCUUGCUCCAACUCAGGCAGCAGCUCGCAACGGAAUCGAUCUGACAAGUGGAGACGGUGUCACCCGCCGUUGCUACCCCAUCUUCGCCGUCUUCAUCGGUGAUUAUCCAGAGCAACUCCUCGUCACCUGCUGCAAGAAAGGUCAGUGUCCAAAGUGCGCGGUUCCCUCCGAUGAGCUAGGGGAGAACCAGACGUAUGCAGCACGUAAUUUACCUGACGUCUUGGACGCCCUUUCCACCAUCGACCGUGGGCCAGACGAGUUCGUUGCAGCCUGCAGUGACGUCGGCAUCAAGCCAGUCCCCCACCCAUUCUGGGAGAAUCUCGCCUACUCAAACCCGUUCGUUGCCAUCUCCCCCGAUAUUCUGCACGAGAUCCUUCAGGGCCUCAUUCGUGACCUCGUCAAAUGGCUGAGACGAAUCUUCGGGGAGGACGAGAUUGAUGCCCGCUUCCGGAGAAUGUCGCCCAACCAUAGCCUGCGAUUUUUCAAGAAUGGUGUUUCGAACCUCUCCAAGAUUUCAGGCCAGGAACACAAGGACAUUUGCCGUGUUAUUCUGGGCGUCAUCGUUGGCUUACCUCUUCCUGGCGGUCGCUCUCCUGCCCGUCUUGUACGUUCGGUUCGUGCUCUUCUCGAUUUUCUGUACCUCGCCCAAUACCCCUCCCACACAUCGGACACCCUCGACGAGCAGAAACGCGCCCUAGACAAAUUUCACGCCAACAAAGCCAUCUUUGAGGAGCUUGGGAUCCGGACUCACUGGAAGAUCCCAAAGUUACACAAGUUGUCUCACUAUGUUCCUUCGACUUCGCUAUUCGGGACGGCGGACAACUUCGACACCCAGUACACGGAGCGCCUUCACAUCGACGUCGCAAAAAACGCAUACAAUGCCAGCAACCGUAGAGACGAAUUUCCACAGAUGACGCUGUGGCUCGAGCGUCGAGAGAAGAUGAUGGAACAUGAGCGUUUCAUUCAGUGGCGCAUUGCUCGGUCUCAGCAACGCCAGGAUGCUAUUCCUCUUGUCUCUGUCCAGCCUCCGCAGAUCCCUCGACCUCUCCUUCCGCACGUUGCACGCUACCCAAAUGCCAAAGCCGUCUCUUUCCAGGCACUCGCUACGUACUACGGCGCCACCCAAUUCGAAUCUGCGCUAGCUCGCUUCAUCGUCGAGCUCAAUAAUCCAAGCCUUACUCCGCAACAAAUCUCUCAUCGUGCCAAGUCGCAGCAUGUUCGCUGCUCCGGUGUGCCCGUCUUCCAUCGAGUCAAGUUCUGGCAUCGUGAUCCACAGGGCUUCGACGACGAGGCUGAGAUUCUGGACACAAUACAUGCACGUCCUUUGUAUAGGGACACACAACAUCGAAAGGUCGAAGGUCGCUUUGAUACAGCUUUGGUGGAUGAAGCGGGGGAAGGGGAGGAGUCUGGUGUGGCCGGAUAUCGCGUUGCUCAGGUUCGCGUCAUCUUUACCCUUCCGAAAAAGAUGGUAAAAGCCACAUUUCGUCCCGGCACUCACCCUCCUGCCCACCUUGCGUACAUUGAAUGGUUCUCCCGCUUCCCUGACCACACCGAUCCCAACCACGACAUGUACCGCCUAACUCGCACCAUCCGCAACGGCCAACGUCACGCCGUCAUCAUGCCCAUUGAUCAACUCAAGAGUAGUGUACAUCUAUACCCCAGCUUUGGACCUACUGUACCUCGUGAUUGGACUCCAUCUAAUGUUCUCGACAAGAGCCACUUCUUCUUUUCGAAUCCGUUUUCUAAUCGUCGAAUGUACAUCACACUCUAUUGA